AAAAAAAAAAAUUGAGGUUAGAGUGUUGUUAAAUCGCGGUAAGGGCGAUUCUAAGUUUGUUCCCGUGGAAUUCAGAGGAAAGGGCGUCGGAUGCGGAUUCAGUCAGCGUCAGUUUCAAUGAGGAAGAAGGCAUGCCUCUUCUCUGACCAGUGUCAGUUACAUGUUCUAGAAUACUGGCCCCAUGGGAUCGCGAAGAUUUCUUUGCGAUCUAUUAUAUCGAGCGAUAGAAAUUCUCAACGAUUUACAAGAUGGUGCUUUGAUCGUUAUUACAGCCAUCAUGAAUCAAAUUAUGUCAAGAAUAAGUGGGGGUUGAUGUUGACGAGAGGUGGGUCUUUCUGGUUAAGCCUACCACUGGAAGGGUGGAGUCCGCUACGCAUGACCUACGACCAUCUGGAAGUACACAUUGGCGUAGAAAUAUUAGAAUUUAUUUGAUAAAAAUUUAUACGUGUCCAAAAAUUAAUUUUCUUCGAUUUAAUUUAAUAUUUCUUAAAUAUUUAAAAUUUAUG